UGCGUAAGAGACAGUCUUUUAAAGACAGGACGCCUUCGGAUCGGCGACACCGCGCACGGUACUGCGCUUGGUUUCGGACUGGACUUACAAAUCAGUUGUAAUGUUCCGUUUGAACAUUGUUCUCGUGAGUUAAUAUAGUUCUAAGAGAAUGAAAAGCACCCGUGGUACGAUUAUGACAGUGAGUUGCUGCUUGUUUAAAAAUAAAUUAAGAUAGAUCAGAUAGCCUACUUUGCGAUAUAUGUAGCCUAAAAUUUAUUAUCUCAAUGUUAAACCUGUAAUGCUUUUUGAUAUCUGAACUUUUUUACUAAAGCUUUUAAAAUCGAAAAACUUAGAAAAGACUGAUCGUAUGUAAUUUGCGAUUUUUUUAUUUGUCUUGGUUUAAAAUAGGCUGGUAAACUUCACCUGAACUUACAUUCAACUGUAAAUGUGCUUAACAUAAAUACAGGUCAAACCAGUCGGAAGAUAUGAGUUUCUUGUGAAUCAUCAAAGAGAUACCGCCAAAGAGAAUAAGAUUUCGCUAAUAGAUUCUAAACUUGCACUCAUUUUUUAACUUACACUUUUGACAUUUAAGGGAAUUUUUUAUUCAAUUACAACGGAUCCAACACUGUUCUGGGCGUGACGUAAUAAUUUAAUAAGAGAAGAAAAAGAAGAGCUGACAGAACAUGCUGCACAAUGGCGAGGACAACGAGAAGUCCGACUGCCCGCAGACCGAAAAUGAUAGUAAAAGUCCACUGACACCAUGCGACGAACCGGCACAGAAGCCCAAGCGCGCCGGCAGCCCGACGCACUUCUCACUGCCGGGCGUCCCCAAGAUAGAAAUCAAACGUAAUUCGGUUACGGAUGACUACAAGAUAUCCAGCCAGGUCCUGGGUCUGGGCAUCAACGGAAAAGUGCUGGAAUGCCAUAACAAAAGGACGGGGGAGAAGUGCGCCCUGAAGAUCCUGUACGAUAGCCCCAAGGCGCGGCGAGAGGUGGAGCUGCACUGCCGGGUGUCGGGGGGUCCCUACAUCGUGAAGAUCCUCAGCCUCUAUGAGAACAUGCACCAUGGCAAGAAAUGUCUCCUCAUCAUCAUGGAAUGUAUGGAGGGUGGAGAGCUCUUCAGCCGGAUUCAACAUCGUGGAGACCAGGCCUUCACAGAAAGAGAGUGCUCGCAAAUCAUGAGAGAUAUUGGUACGGCCAUCGAGUACCUGCAUAACAUUAAUAUUGCCCACAGGGAUGUGAAGCCUGAGAACCUGCUGUACACAACUAAACAGAGCAACUGUGUCCUGAAGCUCACAGACUUCGGCUUUGCCAAAGAGACCACUCUGCACAAUCCCUUACAGACCCCCUGCUACACACCCUACUACGUAGCCCCAGAAGUACUCGGACCAGAGAAAUACGACAAGUCAUGUGACAUGUGGUCUCUUGGUGUCAUCAUGUACAUUCUGCUAUGCGGGUUCCCGCCAUUCUACUCCAACACUGGGCAGGCUAUCUCCCCCGGGAUGAAGCGCCGCAUUCGGAUGGGAGAGUACGAGUUCCCCAAGCCCGAGUGGGCCGACGUGUCUGAGGAAGCCAAAAACAUCAUUAUCCAGCUGCUAAAGACAGAUCCAAGCGAGAGGAUGACCAUCACCCAGUUCAUGAACCAUCCCUGGAUCAACCAGUCAAUGGCUGUCCCCCCAACACCACUGCACACCACUCGUAUUCUGGCGGAGGACAAGGAGAUGUGGGAUGAGGUGAAGGAGGAGAUGACCAGUGCCUUGGCCACCAUGCGUGUGGACUAUGACCAAGUGAAGAUCAAGGACCUGGACACGUCCAGCAACGCGCUGCUCAACAAGAGACGCAAGAAGGCCGCCGCCAAAGGGAAGAUGGGAAGCACUGUGUGUAACAGCCAGUGAGAGCUGCAGUGUGAUGAAGGACGGGUGAUGGAAUUGGGUGGAACAGCUGGUCCUGCAGCUGGCGAGUGCAUUAGAGGGAGGGUGGCACUGCGGGUAAAGGCAGUGAGAGGUACAUCAUGGCAAUUCGGAAUGGGUUCUUCGAACACUAGGAAGAAAAUACAGUCUAGAGUGGCAUUCUUUAAGGGUGACAUUAAUCCUUAGUCCUGUUCCCUGGUGCACACUGGCAGUGUGCCUACUUCUACUGCACUAUGUGUAUCCAGAGAGCUGCCUCUCCAAACGAAUCCCAUUCCAGCAUCUGGAAGAUGAGCAGCAGCAGUGACCAAUCCCGAGCCGCAAUGCCUCCCUUUUCACCUAUUGAAAUGCCUGGGAUGCUCUUGGCCCCUCCUACCAGUCCCUUCUGGGCUGCACCUUGUACUUGUGACUACAGAAAUGUUGCUAUAUUGGCUUUGCGGCCAAGGCCUCAGAAACUGGAGGAAAUGCAAAGGUUUUUUUUUUUUUUUUUUCCGUGUGGAAUCUUUCCUUCUCAUUUUCUGUCUUGCUUGUACAACCCAGAGCAUCAGAAGCUGGUAGCAAUUGCAGCAGGUAAAUAAAUGUUCAGUAUUUUUUUCUGAAGACACUGUGUUACAUUUAAUGCUCCACAAGUGUCGAUCACAGAAACAUUAUGUCAUUGCAGAGUAAAAGAAGAUUGUAUUUAGUCAUUACACUGCCAUUAUUAUUUGUAUUGUUUGUGUCCGGCUUCACUGUUAUCUACACCAACAUGAUGUGUCAAAUAAAACACACUGGCGCAGA